UAGGCGACAGCCGAGGCCCAUGCCAGAGGGGCAGCGUAUCGUAUUUGAACUCUAGAUUUAACCAACUUCCAUAUCAAACCCUCCCCGCAUUAAAAAAAUUCUCGAAUCUCGUAGAUGAAUAGUAUGUAUUCAACCCAAGAUUCCAACGGCGGCGAAAGCAGCAUGGCAGCGGCGGAGUGGAGCUGGUCGGAAGACAAGAUUUUCGAGGAUGCUCUGGUGAAGUUCCCGGAGGGAACGCCGGACAGGUGGCAAAAAAUCACCGGGCAACUCCCCGGAAAAUCGGAGCGCGACGUGAUCGCGCACUACGAGGCACUGGUGCACGACAUCGCCGCCAUAGAAGCCGGCGAAGUUGAAGUCCCGAGCUAUCCGGAGCCGAGGGAAACUCGGCGGCGAUCGGUGGGUUCCGGCGGCCAACGCGAGAGGAAGAAGGGCAGGGCUUGGACGGAAGAAGAGCACAAGUUAUUCUUGCGAGGGCUGGAGAUAUACGGGAGGAGCGAUUGGAGGAGCAUUUCGAGGAACGUGGUGAUAACGCGGCUGCCGUCGCAAGUGGCGAGCCAUGCGCAGAAGUACUUCAAACGUAAGGAAUUGGAGGACAAGUACAGGAAGCGCUCCAGCAUUCACGAUAUCACUACCCCGCAUGAUGCUGAUUCCUCCCUUCCAGAAACUUCCGAUGCUGAGCACAAUCAAUGAACUAGCUUCACCACUUUCCAAUUCUUUGAUUAAUUAAGAUGCAUAGAUGGCUUAGGUUUUUCUUGUGAUUAGUAAGUUUCCAUCCUCAUUAUCACUUCUUUUGUUUUUUGAGACAUAUGAUGCACCUUUUCUUUCGGCUUUCUCUUGUGAUUUACUACUAUUUCUGAGAUUACUGCUGAUCGGGGAAAUCGUUUAUAAUAUCACUAGUUCAAUUGCA